ACUCACCCUGACGUGUUCGCCUGGUUUCCCAUUACCUUCAUGUUCCAUCCUUUUCUUCUCUUUUUCCUUCUUCGUUUGGGUUGGAUGGGCACUUUACUGAUAUCCGUCAUAUCCGUGAAACCCCCUGCAUUGCAGUUGAUUUUUCUACAGAAAUUCUUUAAUGAAUAACUGGGCAAGGAGGGAGAGGAAUCAUCUCAUUAAUUCUCUGCUGUUCGCUUCUUUGCAUAUACACAAGGGACAUAGGGGACAUCUUUUUUUACUUUUUUUACUUUUUUUUGUGCUUGUCUCGGAGUGGUUGGGCGUGUGUGGAUUCCUUCCUUUUCCCAUUUCUUUUUUUUUUUAUUCCGCCGCAUUGUUUAUUGUAAUGAGUUAUACCAUCCAUUCCCGGCAUCAAUUCUCUUCAGUUACCGGACAUGCAUCUCCUUUUCCCUGCAUGACAGAUUGUACACUACUUGAGUCGGCGCAUUAUUUCGUGAGCUCCUAUACGUCUUGUGUCUCCUAUAUUGUUCCAUCUUUCUUUUCCUUUUCUUUUUUGUGACAUGCGUGCCCUCCUUUGACCGUUUCAUACUUGUUUUGUGUUAUUCUACAAGGCUCGCGAGGCGAGACUCAACGUCCUGGGUGAUCUCCUUUCAUGGUCUGGAUUAUGGCGUAUAAAAAGAGCAGGGGAUUUGAUUUAUCGGUUGAUUGACUUG